CUCUGGCGGCCUUUCUCUGUCCCUGCAGGAUCCACUGCAGAGGCUGAGCUCAGCUGACUGACUCCGCUGUUGUUAUGAUGUCCGCGGCGGGACAACACCCAAACACUGCGCAGCAAAAACAGCCUAAUUACGAUCAGCAUCGCGUCUGACUGAUUGCACAACAAGAGAUCACCAUGAGUCACGACUGAAGUCUGCAGGAUGUCUUUCAAGAAGGAAACGCCCCUGGCUAACGCCGUGUUCUGGGCAGCGAGGAAGGGAAACCUGGCACUGCUUCAGCUGCUGCUCAACAGCGGGCGAGUGGACGCAGACUGCAGAGACAGUGUACGGACAGUGCAUGCCCGGCCGCUCCGCCGCACGCUUUAAGCAAUAUCUACCUGUGUACGGAACGACAGCGCUGAUGGUGGCGUCCUACAGCGGUCAUUAUGAAUGCGUCAAAGAGCUCAUUAUGCAAGGAGCAGACAUCAAUUACCAGAGAGAGACAGGUUCUACGGCUUUGUUCUUCGCCUCACAGCAGGGACAUCAUGACGUCGUGAAGCUGCUCUUUGAAUUCGGUGCUUCCACUGAGUUACGCACUAAGGAUGGAGGCACGGCGCUCACCGUGGCCUCACAGUGCGGCCGCUCUGCUGUGGUGGAGAUCCUGCUGAAGAAUGGAGCUAAUGUUCAUGACCGGUUAAAUGAUGGAGCGACUCCUCUUUUUCUAGCUGCCCAGGGGGGUCAUGUGACCGUGAUUCGUCAGCUGCUGGCCUCUGGUGCCAAGGUCAAUCAAGCCAGGGAGGAUGGCACUGCUCCCCUGUGGAUGGCAGCUCAGAUGGGUCACAGUGAAGUAGUGAAGGUCCUUCUUUUACGAGGAGCAGAUCGGGAUGCCGACAGAUUGGACGGAUCGACUGCGUUAUUCAAAGCAGCACUGAAAGGACACAACAGCGUCAUCGAGGAGCUGCUUAAAUUCUCUCCUUCCCUUGGACUUCUUCAGAAUGGCUCCACCGCCCUUCAUGCGGCUGUCAUGAGUGGAAAUCUUCAAAGUGUUCUGCUGCUGCUCGCCGCCAACGCCGAUCCCUCUUUACCCGACGAGAAUAACCGCCUCCCGUCUCAUCUUACGAAGAGCGAUCGCAUUCGGAAGGUUUUACGUCGGGAGGCUGUGAAUGGAGACAGUUGAUGAAGGUUCAGACUCUCCUCCUCCAUGCGGGUCUCUGCAGCUCGGACCGCAUGUUGUGACUGAGAGGGAAGAACAGCAACAUUUAAAGGUG